GAUAUGAUAAUUAUGACUUUGGUCACGAUCUGUUUGUGGUUGUAUGUUUAGUAAGGAGUGUGUUUUGCAUGCUGUGUCGAUGAUUUAUGGGUUAUUUUGGUUUUAUGGGAUAGUUUGAUACUCUGUAACAGAUUUUACAUAUUUUAUUGUAGAUAUUUCUGUUGAAUUUUAUCACGUACAUUUGUUUUCCUUUUCCUGUCUUUUUUCCCCUCUGUCUUCCAUGAUGCUGUUGAAAUCUCUCUCUCUCUCUUGUUCGCAAAAUCAACAUUCAAGGGUGAAACUAUCUGAUCAAUGAUUUAUGAAAUUCCAGGGAUAUAUUUCGGUGUCAGGGCGCACCUGCAAUGCCCAACUGGCCCCUAUACUCUAUGUAAGGUUGGGUCUCUCUCCCAUGCGCGGAAAAACAAAUAUUUGAUCAGGGUAGCUCUUUGUAAUGGCCAAGACUGGUUUUAUGGUAGGAAGAUGGCAGCCAUGGAGCCUUCGUUCGCCAGAGUCCGCCUGCUGCUGUUUUUGGCUGUGGCCGUCUCUCUCCCGGACCGCUGUGGCGCCAACAGCACGAUGGACCUGCCGCAGGGCUGCGGCCCGAACGUGGACUCGCUGUACUACAACCUGUGCGACCUGAGCGCCGUCUGGGGCGUGGUGGUGGAGUCCUUCGCCGCGGCCGGCGCCAUCGGCUCGCUCGUCCUCUUCAUCGUCCUGCUGGCCAGCCUGCCCUUCCUGUCGGAGCCCGGCCAGCGGAGCGCCAUGGGCCUGCACGCCGGCUUCCUGGUGUCCACGCUGGGCCUGUUCGGCCUGACGUUCGCCUUCGUCGUGGGCCGCGACUUCUCCACGUGCGCCGCGCGCCGCUUCCUGUUCGGCGUGCUGUUCGCCGGCGGCUUCGCGUGCCUGGUGGCGCAGAACGUGCGGCUGGGCUUCCUGGCGCGGCGCGACGCCGGGCCUCGGGGCUGGGCGCUCUGCCUGGGCGCGCUGGGCCUCUGGCUGGUGGAGGUCAUCAUCAACACCGAGUGGCUGAUCAUCACCGUGGUGCGCUACCCGACCAACGUCACCGUCGGCGGCGGCGGCGGCUGGCCGGCCAGCGCCGUCCCGUGCAACAUCGCCAACGACGACUUCACCAUGGCGCUCGUCUACGUCAUGUGCCUGCUGCUGGCCGUGGUGCUGGGCGCCCUGCCCGCCCUCGCCGGGCGGCACAAGCGGUGGCGCGGCGAGGCGGCGUGCGUGUUCGCCACCGGCCUGCUCUCCGCGGGCAUCUGGGCGGCGUGGAUCGCCAUGUACGUCCACGGCAACGGGCAGGCCGGCCGCGGCGGGCCCUCGUGGGACGACCCUACGCUGGCCAUCGCCCUGGUGGCCAACGCCUGGGUCUUCCUGCUGCUCCACACCAUCCCGGCCGUGUGCGGCUUCAGCAACAGCGACGAGGAGGAGGACCAGCCGGGGUUCCGAGAGGACUUGUACCCGAGCCGCGGCGUGGGCUACGAGACCAUCCUGAAGGAGCAGAGCGCGCAGAACAUGUUCAUGGAGAACAAGGCCUUCUCAAUGGACGAGCCCAACUCAGGCCACAAGCCAGUGUCCCCCUACAGUGGCUACAACGGUCAGCUACGCAGCUCUGUCUACCAGCCCACUGAGUUGGCCCUCAUCAGCAAAGGAAUCAACACUAAAUCAGAUGUGCAGUCAUAUGACAUCCCUCGCGCCACAGCCACCCCCCCAGCCCAGAAUGGGGGCAGUAGUCCCUCCAGCCACACAUAGGAGGAAGCCAGCCAGCCCAGCCCUGCAGCGGUAAUGGAUUACACAAGAAGCCCCAGUGGUAAACCCUCUACACAUGACCUGCCAUGAGAUCCACUACUCCCACUGCACAUUUCAUUCUCCUGAGCAACCUCUGAAUGCAUCUCACUGUCAUUUCUAAGGGUUAUUAUUAUUAAUUUUAUUUUUUUCAGGCCACAAAUGAAAAGACUAACAAGACUUUAUUUGUGGUGGCCAGAUCAAUGUUCAACCAUUUCGGCCGUCAACACACACACACACACACACACACACACACA